GAUCGUACUGAGUACAAACAAGCUUCCCAAGGAGACGGAGUUUGGGAAAUGUAUAUAGUAGGGCGGGGCCCAGUUGCGUUCACACUGCCCACAUUCUGUAAUGCCCCUCUUCAAUCUCCAAUUCCUCUUGUGUGGUCUCCUGUUGGUCAUCCUUCAUCCCACGGCCACGCAAGCAACUUCCCUCACAGCCCUAGGAGCCUACCCUAUUAGAUGGGGCUAUAGGGUUUGUGUCGCAGGAGUCUUUGACACGUCACAAUGCGCAAGGGAGCCCCUACCUAGGGCCCUCAGUUCCCACCAGAAAGGCCCUCGGAGGCUGUAGUGGUUGGGAUGUCGCGCGUGUGCGAGUGUCCUCUGCGGCUGGAAAAGGGCUUCAUCUUGGAUGGUGUGGCCGUGAGCACCAUGGCCCGCACCUAUGAGCACCUGAGGCCCAAGGUCUGGUCGGCGAUUCCGCCCUACAACGCUCAGCAGGACUACCACGCCCGCCGAUACUUCCGGAGCCGCGUGGUUCCGCCAGUGCUGCGCCGGACUGAACAGGAUCUCGGGGGCACAGGCAGGGAUGGCUGGAUAGUGGAUUAUUUCCACAUCUUCGGGCAAGGACAGAGAUACCUGAACCGGAGAAACUGGGCAGGGGCAGGGCAUUCCCUCCAGCAGGUGACAGGGCAUGAUAACUACAAUGCUGAUCUGAAAAUGAUCAACGGGUUCAAUGGUCGGUUUGGCUAUCGCAGGAACACCCCAGACCUCCGCCAGCGCCCAUCGGUCUUUGGAGAGGUCACCCGAUUCCCUCUCUUCUGACAGCAUCUCUUCCCUUCCCACCCCUUGACCUGAAUAGAAGACAGAUGUUUAGACGAUGUCUCAAUUCUACUUUUAUAUAAACAGUGAUGUUAUUGUGCC